AUGCAAUAUUCAGGUAUGGGCUGUUUCUGGGGAGCCGAGAGGAAGUUUUGGACACAGAAGGGAGUCUACUCCACUCAAGUGGGUUACGCAGGAGGCUAUACUCCAAAUCCUACCUACAAAGAGGUCUGUUCUGGUAAAACUGGCCACACAGAAGCUGUACGAGUAGUAUAUCAGCCAGAAAACAUCAGCUUUGAGAAACUGCUCAAGGUCUUCUGGGAGAAUCAUGACCCGACACAAGGAAUGCGACAAGGUAAUGACAUCGGCACACAGUAUCGUUCGGCCAUCUACACGUUUUCUCAGGAACAGAUGGAAGCUGCCUUGAGAUCUAAGGAAGAAUAUCAAAAGGUAUUGACAGAGGGUGGUUUUGGUCCCAUCACAACAGAAAUCCGCGAGGCUCCGGAAUUUUAUUACGCCGAAGAUUACCAUCAGCAGUACCUCAGUAAGAACCCCGGCGGAUACUGCGGCCUCGGAGGAACAGGGCUUUCCUGCCCUGUUGGAAUCAAGAAAUAG